AUGACUGCUGACGUUGAUGAGACUUUUUCGAGUCAUGUCAGCUUCGUCACAGAUGCUACCAGCUUAAGUGAUGGCUCUCUGCGAAAUGCACUCAAAGGCAUUGAUCCAGCCGGCGGUCUCAUCCGUCAUCCGCCAAAACCGCACGAACUGGACACUGAGCUUACAAAGGAUUCGCAGCUUUUCCUAACCAUCCACAUGGGAGCUGCCGUUGUGGAUGAGGACAACUGGUGCCUUCUCGUAGACGGAUUGGUGGAAAGAGCGUUCACAGUGUCUUUGACCCAGCUGAAAAGCAUGCCCCAGGCCACCAUAACUUCUUUCCAUGAAUGUUAUGGAAGCCCUAUUGCACCUCCGGUUCACGCUCUGUGGAGAAUUGGGAAUGUCAGGUGGACCGGAGUCCGUCUGGCAGAUUUACUCAGGGUGGCCAAACCAAAGGCCGAAGUCACCCACGUCUGGUCACGAGGAUUGGAAUCGGGAUCGUUUGCUGGCGUGUCGGCCGAUCAUUAUGAGAAAGAUCUCAUCAUAGAGAAAGCAUUUAGUCCCGAAGUGUUGAUUGCAUAUGAAAUGAAUGGUGAGCCGUUGAGCAAGAAUCGAGGGGGACCGGUGAGGCUGGUCGUUCCUGGCUGGUUCGGGACAAACUCGACGAAGUGGAUAUGUCGGCUCACAUUACAGGAUCACCGGGCAGUUGGUCCUUUCACCACUAAAUUCUAUAAUGAGAUUGAUCCAACAGAUCCCAUUGGACAGACAACAAGGCCUGUCUGGAUGGUCGAGCCAAAUUCUAUGAUCGUCAGACCAAGGCCGAAUGAAGUCUUGCCAGGACCAGUGAUUGAAAUCUGGGGAAGAGCCUGGGGAUGUGAGGAAAUCACCCAAGUUGUUAUCAGUGUCGACGGAGGUGACACUUGGCUUCCAGCCGAGGCUACCAGUGUAUUACCACGACAUGAAUUUGAGUGGCAGCUGUUUCGAUCGAAGGUGCUAAUUCAGCAACCCGGCAAGUACAGGCUAGUGGCAAAAGCAACCGACGUGACUGGGGUCUCUCAGCCAUUGAUCGGGCGGAGAAAUCAUGUGCACACUGUAGAAAUCGAGAUUAGUUAG